UCACAAACUAAAUUAAUUUUAUUAUCUCACUUCAUGAUUUAUCUGUGAUUUUUUAUCAAAUAACGUUAUCAACUUUUAAAACGAUUCAGCACACUGCACACAAUUAGUACACAACACUGCUACAGCAUACAGAUCAUAGAUCAAAUUUCAAAACGUCGAACGUUCCUAUCUCGAAACUAACACAAAAAUCUGUUUAAUUAGUCAAAUUAAAUGUGUUAUAAUAGGUAUUAGGUAGUUAAUUAACUGUGGUUUGUACGCGCUGUACCUUAUUUACUCUAUGCAAACGAACAACGAUUUACCAUUCACGAUUAUUGUGUAUUUUUGUCAUUGUACUAUUGUUCUACGUUGCCAGUUUUUUUUUCGAAUAGAGUUAUUGCUUAACAUUUAAAAGUUGUUCGCACCGGCAUAGGCACUUUAAACAUUUCCUACGAAAAUAUAGCAUAACAUAAUUAACUUACCUUUUAUAUGUUCUCAACUAUAAGCAAAACUGAUAUCUACUGAACAUGAUAAAAGACCAUGUGUCGUUGAAUUUCGACACAGUUUUGUUGACGGGUCCUACGCAAAAAUACAGCUGCAAAAGUUUUUAUAGAAGGUUUUGGAGACAAUUAUCAAAGUUACAGAAAUUAAUUUUAUACCUGUUGGCGAGUGUAAUAUUAAUUUCACUUCUAUUGUGGUUUAUUGGAUCUACUAAGAAUCUUGAAGAAUUAUCUGAGACCAAUGCUAUUAAAUUACCACAAGCAACUAUUUGGCCCCAGAAUGUUAAAGUUAAUUUACCAAAUUAUGUAGAUUCAGUAAAAAUAAAUGAAAUUGAAGAUGUUGAAACUCCAGAUCAAAAAGAACAAAUUGCCGCACCAAUAUCUAAUGAUGCUGCAAACUUACCGUCUGGUGAAGGUAUUCAGUUUACGCCAGCAACGGGUCAUAGACAAACCGCAGUUUUAAAUGCAUUUAAACAUGCAUGGAAAGGAUAUUGCAGUUAUGCCUGGGGACAUGAUCAUGUAAAACCUAUAAGUAGAAAGUACCAAGAUUGGUUUAAUCUAGGAUUGACCAUUGUUGAUUCUUUAGACACACUAUGGAUAAUGAAUUUGAAAAAAGAAUUUGAUGAAGCUCGUGAAUGGGUUAGUACCAGUUUUAACCUUGACCAUUAUAAAGAUGUCAACCUUUUUGAAACUACAAUUAGAGUGUUGGGUGGAUUUUUAAGUGCUUACCAUUUGUCGGGUGAUUCAUUAUUUCUUGAUAAAGCUCUAGAUAUUGGUUCACGACUUAUGCCAUGUUUUACAAAAUCUCCAUCACCAAUACCAUAUUCAGAUGUUAAUCUUAUCUCACAUAUGGCUCAUUCGCCUAAAUGGAGCCCAGAUUCGAGUACAGCUGAGGUAUCUACCAUACAAUUAGAAUUUAGAGAUUUAUCAAGGUCUACUGGUACACAAAACUUUGAAAAUGUUGCAUUCAAAGUAUCAGAACAUAUUCAUACAUUAGAAAAACCUAAUGGACUUGUGCCCAUCUAUAUAAAUCCAAAUACAGGCAAAUUUCAUAGAGGGUCUGAGAUUAAAAUUGGUGCUAGAGGUGAUAGUUAUUAUGAAUAUCUUUUGAAACAAUGGAUCCAAACUGGAAAAUCAAUUGAUUUUUUGAAGGAUGAUUAUUUGGAAGCCAUUGAUGGUAUAAUCACACAAUUAGUACGGACAUCACCCAAAAGAAAUUUAACAUAUAUAGGAGAACUGAAGGCAGGGUCACGAAAUUUUCACCCAAAGAUGGAUCAUUUAGUAUGCUACUUACCGGGCACAUUAGCACUUGGUGUUCACUAUGGUAUGCCUUCUAGUCAUAUGAGAUUGGCUGAAAAAUUGAUGGAAACAUGCUAUCGUAUGUAUGCCGACCAACCAACAUUUUUAUCCCCAGAAAUUGUAUAUUUUGGUACAAAUACGGAUGUCAAUCAAGACAUGUAUGUUAAUAUUAAUGAUGCACAUAGCCUAUUACGGCCUGAAUUUGUUGAAAGUCUUUGGUACAUGUAUCAAAUAUCAGGCAAUACAACAUAUCAGGAUUGGGGUUGGUUAAUAUUUCAAGCAUUUGAACGACAUACUAAAGUAGCUGGUGGUUUUACAUCCAUUGGCAAUGUGUUAGAUCCAGAAGAUACGCGUCCUCAAGACAUGACUGAAUCAUUCUUUUUUGCAGAAACCCUGAAGUAUCUAUAUUUGUUAAUGUCUGAUGAUCGACACAUGCUAUCUAUUGAUAAGUAUGUGGUUAACAGUGAAGGGCAUCCAUUGCCAAUUAAUAACCGGUGAUAAAUAAUUGAUCUGAUUACUUAUAGGUUUGCUGUUGAGUUAAUGAAUAGAUUUUUAUUUGUCUUUA